ACUUGUAAACACUUUCAACGUGAGAAAGAGAAGCAUGAACAGGCAGGCAAUUCAACCAGUCUCUAGUCAGGUUCGCAACGAUGCCCUGGAGGACGGAAUAGAAGAAACGAAAGAAAGAGAACGAAGGGGAGAGGAAUAGCGUUACAUAAGCGCGCACGUGAAGAUGCGUAGCAAGUCUAUAAGCUGUCGCAGAUACCUGGAGACUUGAGGCACUGCAGCGAUGCUCUCCUAGGGAUUCUGCACGUGCGACGCGGGCGGCGAUGGCCCAAGGACCUUCGGUUGUGAAAGCCAUCUUGAGAAUAACCGCUUUAUUACUGUCAGAUGACGUUCAGGCUAGAGCCGUUUCACCAGGGACAAUGACGCAAUAGGUGCUCAUUAGUACAGAGAGAGAAGACGUGCAUAGAGGGCCGGGGUAGGAUAACCAGAGGUAUAGUUCUGGGUGACUGGCCCAGAUGGAUGGCGGAAUUAGAGGGUAUAUAAAGAGAGGAAAGCAGCUAAAACGAAGUGAAGUCUUUUUCAAUAGAAGUAUACUUUGCGAUGCAGCAGCAACAGCGGCCUUAGAUGUAGACAUUAGGCAUUGGGUGUAGUUGCACAAGCUGGCUCUGUUUUCUAGCCAUCUUCUCUAAAAAACUGUAAGUUGCUUUGUAAAUAACGAAUGAUGCUAUCAAGUCAAAAGAAGGUAUUGAAGUAAAUAAUUAGUUUGCACAAAGGUGCUUCAACAAACAACUGAGAAAUGAAAUAAAUAGAAAAAAAAACAUUGCUGCAAAGGAUAAUGUUGGGAAUGCCCCACCUGGUUUCAAACCUGUAUGCAUCAAAUAUUAUUUAAUAAUUUUGGAAUCACACUACCAGACUAAAAGUUAGUGCAGCGGCCAAAAAACUAAGAUAGAUAAAUAAAUAAGAGCACACCAGCAUAUUGACUACGUACUCGACAAAAAUAACGAAUGCGCUUUAAGACUUUCAGAUUGCUAUGGCAAGAACAUCGGCUGUAACGACAAAAUAAACAAAUAAAUAAAUAAAUAAAGACAGCGGUGCUCACGAAAAGAAUCACGAACAUCGAAGGAAGGGAGGAACCAACGUCGGAAUUUGAGGAGUACCAGAAACAAGAGCUCUCCCUCGCCCCCCUCAUAUCCCACCACAUGAACGUCAAACACGCUAAUGUCGCCGCACAGCGUUCGGCACUCCGAUGAGAGCGCGCUGCGUUAGGGAGCGAUUCGGGCAACAAAGGAUAGGGUGGAUCAAGGAACAGUCUGCACUAAUGGUCAGAACAUCGCGACAAAGGGGAAUAGAAGAAUGAAACAUAAGGCGAACGAGACAAAGAAAAUAAGAAAAUAGAAAUAAAUCUACGCAGAGUGCCUCGACUGAAGAAAGAAGAGCCUCCACGCAAGUGUGCGACGCUCCCGAUCAAGCGAAAAAGAAAAAGAAGAGAAAAAGGGAAAAAGGAGGCAGAAACAUAGCUAGCGAAACAAUAUCCCGCUACGUCUUGGCAGGAUCAUCAGCCGAGGCAAAAGCCAGUGUGCGGACACGGUUGCCACGGCAACCGCAUCUGCUCCCGAAGGGCAUCACAUCAGCGCCGGCGAUGCCGCCGACGCGCCGCCUAACGGCUCGCGGAUGAAGCGGACCCGCACGGCUCCAGCUACCAGACGACGCUGAGCUUUCCCCUCGGCCGCUGGUGUCUCCUCCGCGCCCAUCCCGAAUCAGUUUCGCUUGGAUCAGGCGCGGGAGCGUCACGUGGUGCUUGGCGAAGCCACUUAUCUGGGCACAGCUGGUUCUGUGAUACACCCGAAGGACCUUAUCGGGAAUUCUCACCUCACCCCACCCUUUCAGGAGGGAGAAAAAAAAAAAGAAGUAGCCGUUAAGCUACCAGAAGCCGCCCACCUCCAUCAGCUGAGAGGCCCUAUUUCCCCCCUGUGAACGGGAGAGUACUUCGAGCGCCCGGCAUUCCACUAGCCGCGGCGGUGUUAUCGGCGGUGCCGCGCUCGGAAGAUCGGGUAUUAGGUGACUUUCGCUUGACUGCGCCGUUCUAGCUCGCGCCGACCUCCGUGUCAUGUGCUGUGCCUCGGACGGUGCGUUCGUACUUUGACGUGAAUUAUGUGUCGUUCGUGAGUGAGUGUUUCCGCGAAGGAUACAUUUCCUAUCGCUCCUCGUGCUCCAGGAGAUUUCUUCUUUUUUUUUUGACAUUCGGAAUACCUUGACGAUGUGCGUUAUUGCGGUUUCGUCUCUUCUGUGUACGCGAUGACGUGACAACAAUGGAAAGUGCUGUUCCCAAAAUCCCACUGGCAAUCUACUGCGCUGCCCUUACCACUAUGGUCGUACUCGCCAAAGGUCUCACCAUGUGCGACUGCGGUCCGGGCCAGUUCGCGUGCACAAGCUUCGCCGAAGAAGGAACCAAUUGCAGCUGCAUACCGGCGCGAUGGCACUGCGACUCAGACGACGACUGUGGAAACGGCAGCGAUGAGCUAGGAUGCGCACCCAUCUGUCAGCCGGAAGAGGCCAUGUGCCAAAACGGCCGCUGCAUCCCUAAGCCGCAAUGGUGUGACGGCAGCAAGGACUGCACCGAUGGCAGCGAUGAGGCCGACUGCGCGCCACGCAAUUGCACCCACGAUGAAUUUGAAUGCGAUAACGGGCGCUGUAUUCCCAAGUCCUGGCACUGCGACGGGUACGAUGACUGCGGGGACACCACGGACGAGAUCUGCCCGGUCCGGCUGUGCGGGGAAGCCGAAUUCCGGUGCAUGACGGGCGGCUGCAUCUCGCUGGCCUGGCGCUGCGAUAAAGACAUCGACUGCGUCGACGGCUCGGACGAAGGCGGUUGCACCGCUUUCACGUCCAACCUGUGCCUGGCUGAAGAUUUCCAGUGCCGCAGUGGCCGCUGUGUAGGCAUGAACUAUCGCUGCAACGGGGACAACGAUUGUGGUGACUGGUCUGACGAAGAAGGCUGUGAGGGCAAGAGUGCGUGCCAGGAAGGCGAGUUCAGGUGCGAGGACGGCUUCUGCAUCAACGUGGACUGGAAGUGCGACGGCGACGCCGACUGCGACGACCACUCGGACGAGCGCGACUGCCCGCCGCGACAGUGUGCUGCACACGAGUUCCAGUGCCUGUCGGGAAAGUGCAUACAACUGGAGUGGCGCUGCGACGGAGACUUCGACUGCUCGGACAACAGCGACGAGGAUGGAUGCGUUGGGCGUGAGGUUGCCUGCGACCCUGGCCACUUCCGUUGCCUAGACGGCACGUGCAUUGUGGAGCGGCUCGUCUGCAACGGGGCACCGGACUGUCCGGACCGCUCGGACGAAGCUCAAAACACGACCUGCAACUUUCUGCUUCGUUUCCCACACAUAGAAACGAGCACUCCAUGCCGGGAGGAUGGCUUUCCCUGCCAGCACCAGUGCAUGGCCACCGCCACGGGUCAGCGCUGCUCCUGCAAGGAGGGGUACCAGCUGGCGCCAGACGGACGUUCCUGUCUGGACGUCGACGAGUGCACGUACGAAGGAACCUGCAGCCAGGCCUGUGUAAACACGGUGCCGAGCUUCCAGUGCCUUUGCAAGGAGGGCUACAGGUUGCGGGACGACAAGCGACACUGCAAGGCACAAGGUUCAGAGGCCUACGUGGUGUUCGCCAACGGCGCCGACAUCAGGCGCAUCACGAUGGACAAGUCGGAGUACACCUCCGUGGCAGCCAAACUGCAGAACGCCGUGGCGCUCGACUAUCAUCUAGCGCAGGACACGCUCUUCUGGUCCGACAUCACCGUCGACGUCAUCCGGGCCUGCAGCCUCAGCAACUGCACCGCCGACAGUGUGCACACCGUCGUCUCGCGCGGGCUGGGCAACCCUGACGGGCUGGCCGUGGACUGGCUCAUGGGACGCGUCUACUGGACCGACUCCGGCAUGGGCCGCGUCGAGUCCGUGGACGUCGACGGCCAUCAGAGGAGGGCGCUCGUCUGGAAGGACCUGGACAAGCCGCGAGCCAUCGUUGUCUACCCGCAGUUCUCGACCGUGUUCUGGACGGACUGGGGAGCGCGGCCGCGCAUCGAGCGCAUCUACACCGAUGGAACGGGUCGGCGCGCCAUCGCGGACACUUCGCUGUUCUGGCCCAACGGGCUGACCAUCGACUACGGCAGUGACCGCAUCUUCUGGGCGGACGCCAAGCACCACCAGAUCGAGAGCGCCGACCUGGACGGCGCCAACCGCAAGAAGGUCAUCGAAGCGGGUCUGCCGCACCCAUUUGCAGUGACCAUAUUCGAAGACACGCUUUAUUGGACGGACUGGCAAACCAAGAGCAUACACACUGCCACGAAAUUCGGUCAGCACGAGCCGUCCAUUUUCCACCCCAAGCUAUCCUUUCCCAUGGACAUCAAAGUGGUCCAGAGUCUGCGCCAGCCGGACGGAUCGAAUCCUUGCACGUUGAGCGACAUCAAGUGCAGCCACAUCUGCGUUUCGAACAACGAGACUGCUUCUUGUGCCUGCCCAAGUGGCUUGGACCUGCAGGCUGACGGCUUGACGUGCAUAGAAAAGCCGGACUCGUUCCUGCUCUUCGCUCACCGUGGUGACAUCCGUCGCCUUUGCCUGAACUGCACGGACGACGUGGACGUCACUAUACCACUUCGAAGCGCCAUUAGUGCCAUUGACCUCGACUGGGACGCGACCACCGACAUGAUAUUCUGGACGGACGUCACGCACCACUCAAUCCUGAAGGCCAAGUGGAACGGCGACGGCCAAGAGGUCGUGGUCGGUACAAACGCGGAGAGCGUGGCCGGCCUGGCUUUGGACUGGGUGAACCGGAAGUUGUACUGGACGGACGCUGCGAACGACAGGAUUGAAGUUGCCAACCUGGACGGGAGCCACCGGGCUGUGCUAAUCUACGACGGCCUGGACAAGCCGCGUGGAAUUGUUGUGGAUCCCAUACGAGGGUACAUGUACUGGACGGAUCUGGGCGACCUACCAAAAAUCGAGCGGUCCAGCAUGGGGGGCCAGCAAAGGUCGGUCAUCGUGCAGCACAAUCUGACCUGGCCCAACGCGCUGGCAAUGGAUUACUCCACAGAGACGCUCUACUGGACCGACGGCGCGACCAAGACCAUAGAGCUCAUCCACAUAGCCACCAUGAAAAGAAAGGUGCUCAUGUCCCAUGACCUUCCUCACCCGUUCGGGCUCACGGUGUUCGAUGGCCGCGUCUACUGGACCGACUGGGACAAGAAAGCCAUAUUGUCGGCCGACGCUGCUACGGGCGAGAACAGGAGAACCGUCCUGCCAGGCCGCGAUGGCCUCCGCAACAUACUCGUCUUUCAUCGAAACAGACCUUCAGUACCAAACGCAUGCUCGUCGAAUAACGGCGGCUGCAGCCACCUGUGCCUUAUCGCGCCCAAGCCAAAGGGUUUUGUAUGUGCCUGUCCCACUGGGACGAUGCUCCUCAACGACACCAAAACAUGCUCAAGAGGUGAGCACCGCAUGACCACUCCCACUGCUUUUGCGGUUUCUGGAAUGAGACGUUUCCUUAUCUUCUCUCGUAGAACGGAAAUACGAAAAAUGUCUCUCGACGUGCCUUACUGGGCAGAUGUGGUCAUUCCGCUCAGAAAUCUACGAAAUGUCGUCGCCGUUGACGUCGACACGAGUGAUGAACAAAUUUACUAUGCCGAUGCCGAACGCCACGUUAUUCAAAGCUGUGAUACAGACGGAGGCCGCGUAAAGGACGUGGUCUCUUUUGGUUUGGAGACGCUUGGAGGCCUCGCUGUCGACACCAUCGGCCGCAAGCUCUAUUGGACAGACUCUGGCAGGAGCCUUAUAGAGGUAUCCGAGUUGGACGGAAAGCACAGGCAUGUGCUUGUCUGGAAAGAUGUCGACAGUCCGCGCGCAAUCGUGCUACAUUACGAAAAGGGUGCUAUGUUUUGGACCGACUGGGGAAACAAGAUCCGAAUUGAAUCAGCACACAUGGAUGGAGAAAACAGAGCCCUCCUGGUGCAGGAUGGCUUGGGUUGGCCCCACGGGCUUACUCUUGACAAAGAGUCAUCGCGCCUUGUAUGGGCUGAUGCCAAGCUGCAUGUUAUCGAGUCAACUGGCCUUGACGGAAGGAAUCGCAAGGUGCUUGCACGAGACGUCGCCCACCCGUACGGCGUGUUAGCAUUCUCCGGACACCUGUACUGGACCGACUGGGAGACAAAGGCCAUCCAUCGAUCUGACACGAAUGGCCAAAAUGGGCAGACGAUACGGACGAACCUGGCUGGUCUCAUGGACAUACACGGCGUAAACACCCAGUACAGUGGCAUCAACUCAUGCGGAAGGACCAAUGGAGGAUGUAGCCACUUGUGCCUCAGAAAGCCGCAUGGAUUUUCGUGUGCGUGUCCAACUGGAAUUCUUCUCAAAUCUGACGAUAGGACAUGUUACGAAGCACCAUCUGCGUUUUUGUUAUUUGCCAACCGUGGCAGCCUUCGAAAAAUUUCGUUAGACACUGCCGACAACACUGAUAUGCAUCUACCUCUGAAUGAUGUCUACAACGCCGUAGCAGUUGACUUUAACUACGACGAAUGGAAGCUCUACUACACUGAUGUUACACUUGAUGUUAUUAGGAGAGUGGACUUAAACGGUAGCAAUGUGGAAGUCAUAAUAGACCGUGAUCUAGAAGCCGCUGAUGGUUUAGCGCUAGACUGGAUUGCGAAGAACAUUUAUUGGGCCGACUCACGACGCAAGACUAUUGAGGUUGCUCGGGCUGAUGGGUCAAGCCGGAAACUCCUGAUAAACCUUGACCUGGACGAGCCGCGUGCGCUUGCUCUCUUUCCCGAAAAAGGAUACAUCUUCUGGUCAGACUGGGGCAAGCUGCCCAAAAUUGAACGCUCAUUUCUGGACGGCAGCGCGAGAAGAGUCAUGAUAGCCACAGACCUUGGCUGGCCCAAUGGAUUGGCCAUUGACUACGAGACGGAAAGGUUGUACUGGGUGGAUGCUCAGUUGGACUGCAUCGAGUUUUCGGACCUCAACGGCAAGAGCAGACAAAAGCUCAUUGAAGGCGUGUCUCAUCCCUUCGGACUUACUCAGUACCAGUCCCACAUAUACUGGACGGACUGGCACACUAAAGCCAUUGAAAAAGCUCACAAAGAAACGGGUGCGGAGCGUGUCAUCAUUCGGGAAAACAUUGAGUACCUGAUGGAGAUCAAGAUGGUGGCGCGUUCCAGGCAGAGUGGUACAAACUCCUGCAGUGUGAGGAAUGGUGGAUGUUCCCAUCUGUGCUUGUACAGGCCACACGGGCACAUCUGUGCCUGCCCCAGCCAGCCAGAUUCAAGGCAUUGCUCAACAUUUCCAGACAUGACAGCACCAAGUGAGUUGCCAACAAUUCCUACGGUCCUGCCAUCGGCGCUGCCAAACGCAUCAAGCGCUGGUUGCAGUUCGUCUGAUAUGGCAGGAGGAAGAUGCCACGUCAUAGGAUUCAAAUUUUAUGAUCCCAUGUUCCAGAGCACAUAUAUUGCUCUCAGUGUCGUUGGAGGAGCACUUUUGUUGCUCCUAUUGGGGGCACUGUUGCUCUGGUGCAAGAAGAGCAGGGGCAACCGUUCCCUCGAGAGGGGACAAGCUCCGCACAUGGCCCGAUAUUCUAAUCAUUCACCCGGUCCCGCUGACUACCUCGACAAGAAGCCCUGGGGCUGGAGCCCCAAGGUACGCUAUGAUAAUCACGAGCCUGCGCUUGUAGGCAUCAGCGGCAAAGACAAGCUGGACAACCUAGAGGUAGCCGCUCUGGUGAGCAAACGCCUCGACGAGCUGGAGUCGGGCAUGCUGUCUCUCUCGUCAGGUGGGGGAGACGGCAAGGGCCUGUACAGCUUGGGUCUCCAAGGUUGCCCGACGCCACCGUCGCCUCCCAGGGUUGCCUGUCCUCGGCACUCGCCUCACAGCGUCAGGAGCGGUGGCUCUCUGCGGAGAACACUGCCGCACGACGUGCACCAGCAGCCUCAUCUCCAUCAGCAUCACUUGCCCUCGGUGGAGACGGACAUUUGAGAAUGACUUCCCGUUAGCCGGCGAGCGUGUUGCUCUCUUCCCCAAGGACUGCAGUCCUUAUCGCCGGAACACACAGCUCAAGCGUCAUCGGCAGCAAACGAAUAGGACUGUGUUCCUGUGGAUGAACGAUCUCAAAGGUCACGUGUAUGAAACGUGUACCCUUUCGCCCUUCGUGCGUGGCUUACAAAGUGCAAAGUCGAACAAAGUGCUAGAUGCUGUAUUUUAAACCUCGCAUACUUUAUGUGUCUUUUUGUUUUGUGUUUACGCAGAUGCGCGCACAUAGCACGGAUAGUUUCACCAUAUUGGUGAACAACAUGCAUGAGAAGUUUUGGCUAUAGUGUCGAUAAAACAUUGAGUUAACUCUUGAGUGUUUUUUUUUUAAUUUUCAAUGACGUGCAGUGUGCAGCAUUGCAUUAUCCUGUAUUAGAUCCUGUAUUAAGACUGCCAUUACGUAACAGAGUGUUGGCGUAAUGAAUGGAAUUAGCGCGACUCUUGGUUACUUCUGAGAGGGCGAUUGAGUAAAAAGCCGUGCAGCAAUGUCUGUGUACAUCGCGAAGGACGCUGGAAAUAUGCACGUACGUGUAUUUUGGAAACGUUGAUAAAUUUGCUCGCUUUAUUACUACUAACGGUAAGGUUGAAUUUAGCCGGGUAUUAUAUUAGCAAGUAGUAAAGCCUACUGACUCAAUAACAACUAAAUCACAAUGAGAUACAAAAUGCUGGAAACCGCAGCACAAAUAACUUGCGCUAUAUCUUGCAUGGUGUGCUUUUAAAGAUAUAGCAAGAGUUUCUCUCACUAUUAUAUAAUUUCACCGGUUAGCAAUAUUUGUUACUUAUGAAUUCAACUGAAUGGUAAGCAUUGAGCUGGGCGAUUUAAAGAUUUCUGGUUGACAAGUCACAUGGUAGUUUUUAUUUUAGUAAUGUCCGGAACUCACGAAACACAUUUUGAACGCUUUCUCGCAAACGAUUCCACAUACUAGACGACUAUCUUAUAUCAAUCAUGCCAGUCAGUCUGCUGAUAUUUAACGACGUUAUAUAAAAAUAGCAAUGUGAAACAGAAAUUUGGCGAUGCGCUCUUGAAAAUGUGAACCGUUAUAAAGACCCGUUAUGCAUAUUCUGCCAGCUCAUAUUAGGUGUUGUGACACUCGUUAAAGCUGCGCACCUUGUUAGCAUAAACUACGACUGUUUUUUACCGGUUAAGCAGGCCAGUUAAAUAUAUGGUAAACGCUAGGGGACCUGGCUUGUGCUCUGACGUUGUGUGUUAGAAGUUAGAGAUAUUACGUCCAUUUGAAUUUUGUUUCCGCAAGUGAAGUCGCAAACGUUGUAUAUAACAACGAAGAGAGCUUGAUAACUAUAGGUGAAUUUCUUGUUUUUAUCAUACAGAGAACUAAACCACAUGAUGAUUUUAAAGCAAGAAUGAGCGUGACGAUGCAGAAUUGCGGCUGAAGCCGCACUGAGCCUCGUCGAGUACUAAUAGCCGAAAAGAUCCUAAACUACGGUACGCCAUAUCUAUUUCUCAGUAAGCGUUUAAGCGGUAUUUGCGUCUUAACACUGAUGCUGUAAAACACAGGCCAUGUAUGACACAUGAAACGGCAAGUUUUGCUUCCGCGCCUAGUAAGUUUAUUCCCUUUAGGGCUAUCUUAUAUGAGAAUUUCCUGCUGCAUCCUAAUAAUAAGUUGGAAAGCUUCUUUCUUUGUUUUAGUUACACAUAAUUCCAGAUUUAUACCACAUUACCAGGAAUAAAACGCUGUGAACUUAUAUUUUGAAUAUACGUGCUGAUUGCUCGCCUUCUGCAGAAAAACAUUACUUCAGCAUUAGCUCGAACUUUCACCGACAUUCACAUGCUUAACAUUACUGCUAAGCAUACGUAUUCUUCGUUGAUGUAAUGGUGAGAAAACAUUGAUUCAUCGUUGACAUGUUAACACGAAAAACAGGGAUAUGUUAGUCUGCUGGAGAGGUGAGCGAAAAUGCGAGUAAUACUACAAGGAACCACAAGUUUCUACCUUCACUGCAGUGAUAUCUGGCGUGAAGUAAGCCAGAAACGUGGUUUAUCGUUUUAUUGCAGAGAUGUGGCGCAGUGCUUUAUUUUAUCGAGGUUGUAUUAUCGCACGUAGCUAUAAACUAAGCUCUUACUUCUGUACAGCGUUCUCCGAGCUGCAACGGCUUGCUCGCGCUUCAAUUUUCAUUUGUACAAGAAUUACCAUUUAGUCUAGUAAAAUGCCAAAGGCGGCUUUUGGAGCUGCAUCUGCCCCGCAGCUGCCCAUGGCGCAUGGGAGUCCUGCUUCCUAUAGGCGUUGGGUCUCCUGUCAUGGCGUUCACUGCGCAUGACAUUGCGCAGGACACUGUGCAGGCGUUGAGUAAGGGCCGUUGCUGAAAAGUCUUACACGGGCGCUUAAAGUACACUGUCCUAUUAUGUCAAAGUGAAUUCCACCGCGUUGGUAUGUAAUAACAGGCUGCACCACUCGCGUGUAAGCUACCACUCAAAUAGCACAGUUUUCUUCAAGAAAUCCCCACUUGCUGCUUGGAAGUGCCUCACAGUUCCGAGACGAAUGCGGCAAACGGGAAUGAAAAAAACAUCUAUCGGCGCGGGAAUCUAGCGCCUGGCUCCAGCCAUCGCAGCUGAGCUUGUAGCAGUGCUGCUCUUUCUUUUUUUUUUUUUCCGUGACUAGAUUUUAACUUUAUUAAGGCUGACAUGGUUCAAUAUGUGCAUGCAGCAAGCGAGUGGUUUGCUGCACGAGUUUGUAAUGCGUGGCGUGACUGUUGUGCGGUGUGUUCUAAUUAUAUAUGUACAUAAGGACAAUUAUGCGUGUUUGUGCGUACAUAAGCUGCUAAUAAGUGAAUAGCGAGAGACGUUUAUACUGCGACUUCGUACAGCAGGGACGACAUCAGUGGUGUACAUAGCGCAUAGGGUCGUUAAAUUCCGCGGUGAUGUUGAAAUAUACUGUUUCACCAGUGCGAAUCAUCCGGGAAGUGUUGUUCGUGUCAACUGCUUCCUUGCUUCGUUUCAAAUGUGGUAUCAUAAAGGUGUUCCAUGAGACUGUUGAAGAUGAUAAUAAAGAUUUUUUAUGCACAUAUAAAACUUA